AAACCGUAUCAAGACAACAUCAGCUCAUUCGGUUUAUCUUGAGGGGUCACGAGCUUCAACACAAGUAACCUCUUCAUCAAACCAUAGUUUUACUGAAUACCAUAACCAUGUUGUUUAUAGGAUUGACUGGCUCUAUAGCCACCGGAAAAUCAACCGUGUCUUCUAUUCUUGCCGCACCUCCUUAUUCACUUCCAAUUAUUGAUGCCGAUGUCUUUGCGCGCAAGGUCGUCGAGCCUGGGACUCGUGGUUAUAGAGCCAUCGUGAAAUAUUUUGGCCCUACAACUCCAGAUUUACUUGCUCCGAUUACGGAUUCGAUGCCAGCUGAUGGCCCAGACGGCAAAGGAAGGCCGCUGAAUAGGCAGGCACUAGGCAAGCGUAUUUUCGGUAGCAGCGAGGAGCGAAAGAACGAUCGAAAUGUUCUCAAUGAAAUCGUUCACCCUGCAGUGAGAAGGGAGGUUUACAAAUCCAUAUUCAGAAACUAUCUAGGGGGUAGCUGGGCCGUCGUUCUGGAUGUGCCACUGCUUUUCGAGAGUGGAUGGGAUCGGCUGUCUGGGGUCGUGAUGGUAGUAGCUGUCAAAGACCCCAAAGUACAGAUGCAAAGACUCAGAAAACGUGAUCCUCAUUUGAGCCGAGAAGAGGCGCAAAACCGUGUCUUGAGUCAGACGGACGUGAGGCUAAAAGCGAAGAGGUGCGAGGCAAGGGGCAAGGGGAAGGGAGUGGUUAUCUGGAACGACGGAUCGAAGGAUGAACUUAAGGCCAACAUAGAUGCAGCACUCGCAGAAAUGCGAAGAGAUAGCCCGCCAUGGUGGAAUUGGAUAUGCCUCCUCUGUCCACCAAUUGGCGUUGCUGCAGGCGCGUGGGUUUACUGGCAGAAUAUCAACAUCAAUAAAAAAUGGAGAGAAAUGGAAGCGGAGGAGAAGUCGAAGCUAUAAUCUUGAAUUACUACAAGGUACCAAUUUACUCCUACACCUGUACACGUUAACCUUACUUUGGUAAUCACAGUCACUUUCGAUGCGUAUUAGGUGGAUACUUGGACCCUUGAGUAUUUUGUGGUUGCUACCUAAUAGACACUAUGAGUAGGACGUCAUCUGUCGUCGAAAUUGGGAAACU